CGCCGCUAGUGAGUGACGGGCGAGGAAGAAAGAGCUCCGUCCCAAGUCUGUCCUGCUAAAGAAGAAGUCCUUUCCAAAUGAUUCACGCUGCUACCAAAUGUGCAAGAGCAGCUGCCGCAACGAUUCGUGGCCGCGCGAUCCCCGUUAGAUACACGACGCCGUUGAGAUUGAUUCACGGCGUUCCAAACGCGAACCACGUUGCGAUUCAGAUGGUCAAUUACGCUCUUUCUCACGCUAGGUCUCUAAAGGUAGAUGAAUCAUAUGCUCAAGGGAUGCUAGUGCUUGAGCAAUGCCUUGGGAAUCAAGCUAGCUAUGAUCAGGUUUCUCAAGACUCUAAAGCAACAGUCUUGCUUGCUAUGUCUGAUCUAUUAUACGAAAGUGGGAACAGUAGUGAGGCCAUUGAACGCCUUAAGCAAGUCAUGUCUCUCACACUCUCUUCCUUUGCUAUUGCAGUCGUUGCUGUAGAAGCUCUUGUUGGUCUGCUGAUUCAGUCAGGACAGGAUGAUGCUUCACUGAAUGUUGCUGAUGAAUUUCUGGAACUGGUUAAAGAGAGAGGCCAUGAGAAUCUUCAGGAUGUGGCUGCCACAGCUAAAACGAUCAAAGGCCUUACUGAGCUUGUGAAAGGAAGUAUCGAAUCCGCCGAAUCUUUGUUUCGAGGACUUGAGAACCAUGAGAUCUGCAAAGGGAACACUGCCCUUUCUUAUGGUGAGUUCUUGCACGCCACUGGAAACUUUGAAAUGGCGACGGAGAUGUAUCAAAAGGCUAUUCAUGGAGUGACGGAUACCAAAGAAUCCAUGAGUUCUUGUAAUAUGAAUUUGAAGGCAGUCUCACUGGCAGCCACAUUUGCUCUUGGGCAGCUAGAGUCACACAUUGGGAACUUUGGUGAUGCGGAGGAAACACUGACAAGUGCAUUGACAAGCGCUGAGGAACAUUAUGGACACAAUCAUCCCAAGGUUGGCGUGAUUUUAACUGGAGUAGCUCUCAUGUACCGGAACAAAGCAAAGCAAGAACGAUCGAGUUCUAUCAUGAUUCAAGAGGGACUCUUUAGAAGAGCAUUGGAGCUCAUGAAAGCGCCUCCUCUGGACUCAGAAGAGAUAAUAAACGUGGAGACUCAGGAGGUAAUGGCUCUAGCAAGAGGAGGGUAUGCAGAGCUACUACUGAUUCAAGAGAACAGAAGAAGCGAAGGAGGGAAGAUGAAAUCAUGGGCUGAAUCUGCAUGGAGAAACAGACGGAUCUCUCUCUCAGAAGCAUUGACUCUCUCUGAACCAUUAGGUAAAGUAGGCAUCAUAGAUGCAAGAACCACUCGUGUCCUCUAAAAAGCCUUGACACUGGUUGUGAAGAAUCCCAAAAGAUAACAUAUAUAACAAGUUUUACAUUAUGAUGUGUGAUUAAAGCUUUUAAAGUUUUACAUUUUCAUAAAAAUAGAUUACAGAGGAA